CUCAGCGCGUUUUUACCGCAGUGUCUCUGGAUUAGUGCGCGGCGCUGCGGCACUCCGCUCGGUUCUCAACGGGAAGCGCGAGAAAAAGCGACCGAACCGCGUCCGUGAGCACCAGCCGUUCCAUAUCGCGCUUAUUCCCAGCGGUUAUCAAAGCGGCGCGCACCGGAGACAUGGCCAAAGACGACGAGAAGAAGGAAUCCGGGGAAUGGAAGGAAUUCUUCUGGAACCCACGGACGCACGAGCUGCUCGGGAGAACGGCGAGCAGCUGGGGUCUGAUCCUGUUGUUCUAUCUGGUCUUCUACACAUUUCUGGCUGGCAUGUUCUGUCUCACCAUGUAUGUGAUGCUGAUGACGCUAGAUGAUUAUAAGCCCACUUGGCAGGACCGUCUGGCCACACCAGGUAUGAUGAUUCGGCCAAAAGGCGAUCCUCUAGAAAUCGUUUAUAACUUGGAUAAAACAGAGAGCUGGGACUCAUACAUUCAGGCUCUGGACAACUUCCUUGCACCCUAUAACGACUCUCAGCAGGUGUUGAAGAACGAUGUCUGCGUCCCGGAUAAGUACUUCCUCCAGGAGGACAGCGGCGAGGUGCGCAACAAUCCCAAACGCUCCUGCCAGUUCAACCGCACCAUGCUGGGGAGCUGCUCCGGACUCGAGGACCGCACAUACGGAUACCAGGACGGAAAACCCUGCGUGCUCAUCAAACUCAACCGGGUGAUUGGGCUGGAGCCAAGUAAGGAUGGAAAGUCUCCAUUCGUCUCCUGUUCAGCAAAGGCUCAGAAGAUGGCUCAGAUGAACGAAACCAAUCCUGCAGUCGAAUACUUCCCUACAAACGGAACCUUUAACCUCAUGUACUAUCCUUACUAUGGCAAGAGAGCACAGGCAAGAACACACACACACACACACACACACUAUAUUUGUGAUUAUAUUUGUGUGUAACCGCUCUCUCUGCAUGUGUUUCAGGUGAAUUAUUCUCAGCCCCUGGUGGCUGUGAAGUUCACAGAGCUCACUUUCAACACGGACUUCAACGUGGAGUGUAAGAUCAACUCUGACAUUCAGUUCAAGAUCAGCGAAAGAGACAAGUUCGCCGGCCGCGUGAUCUUCAAGCUGCGCGUCAACAAAGUGUAGAGCAACUGCAUCUGCCACACACACACACACACACACACACACACACAUACAGGAGAUGGUAGGAGUCCUUCAUAUCUCAAAGUGUUCCGUGUAUUUGUCCGUCCCCAUUCUCCUGUCUACAUGAUGUUUCUGUGCGUGUGUGUGUGUGUGUGUGUGUGUGUCUUGUAUCUCUGUGUGUGUUUUGAGUACUCUUGACUGUCGUCAUAUCCAACUGAUAUCAUUCCAGGAAAACAUCAUCAAGCCUUUCUAGAGCUCUAGACACAAUCAUCACGAAUCCAGUGAAUUCAGAGGGACCACAAUCAUCCCAAAACCUGCCAAGAAAUUAUAUUUCACAUAGAGAAAAUGUGCUCCCAAAAUAUAGGAAGAUAACAUCUUAAAUAGACUUCAUUUUCUGUAUGCAAAACAUAAUUUCUUACCUUUGUCUUUUGAUAUCAAGCUAAAAUGUGUAGUCUACAGUAUAUAAUGGGUUUUAUGUUACUGGGCGUAUAUUAAAUAACACAAAUGAGGUCAAAUCUGGUCAGGAUCAUUCACAAAAAAAAAAAAAAAAAAAUGUGUAGAAAUGCGCAAAUGAGAUCAAUAUGAUCAAAAAUCGUCUCAGACUGUAAUCGGAUACAUAUCGUCCUCUUAACUUGAUGUCUGUUUUAUCCAUUUAUUUAUUUAUGAGAUUAAGGUACAUUCAUAAUGUUAUUUAUUUAUUAUUGGAUUUGUGGUUUUUAUUUUUUAUAUAUUCAUGACGUUUGUGAAGACACUUUUGUAACGCUGUUAUGUUCACGCACACACACACACACACACACACAAGCGAAGUUAAACUGAAACGAUUGGCUGACGUUCCGCAUAUGCUCAGAUUGCACCGACACAUUAGCCAAUCAGCUUCAAGCUAUGCCAUAUCAGUUUGCCAUUAAUUAAUUUGCCCAGUCGACUGAUAACAUAUUCGCUCCAUAUCGUCCAGAAUGUGUAUGAAACGUGUACACAGCAAUACCUUCUGGUCCAUGAGUGUACUGUUAAUACUUGUAAAUAAUACAGAAUCUGAGUAGAUAACGAAGAGAGUAGUUGCGAAGAAAAGCGUGGGGGAAAAAAACGUUAAAUUUGCCAAUCCAUGUAGAUGAAUGAACAAAUGUGUUUUCUUCCCAAAAAGGUUUUUUUAAUAUAUAUUUAUGUGCUGUUGAGCACGUGAUGGGUUAGCACCUGUUAGCACAGCGGAAAUAUGACGCAAACACUAGCAGCAUAUGUUUCUCGAAACUUUAUUUAAUUUCUUCUUAGCUUUGGUAGAAUUUUAGAUUUUAAUCAUGUGAUGUGACAUUUGGAUGUUCAAGGCGAUUCGAGUCAAAUGGACGAGUCAGACUCCUGAUUUGUGAGCGAGACAUUAGCGUAGUGCAUAUUAGCAAACCACUAGCCUGCCGUCGUCGACGCGCGGGUGGCCUGUCUGUGUUUAUUUUUUAUUUUGUGUUCCUUCAUUUCACCCCCAGUAGUGAAUGUGCUGUGUUUCUAUUGGGUUACUGCCACAGUGUUGUGCGUUUGAAACAUUGGCGGCUGUGUGCUAGAAAAGUGUGUGGGAAAAGAAAAAGAGCCAAACUCGGCCCAACUUUCAAAAUUAACGUAACUAGUCCAUCCGUCCAUCCGUUUACAGCCUGAUGUUGGGAUCAGUUCAAUGUUUACACAGAGCAGUGAUUAAUAACUAGCUAAACUUACGCUGCCUGCCGUACGUUUACUACGAUCUACUUCACGUGUGCUGCCUGACCGCUCUACGUCAUGGAAUAGAUUUUAUAUGUUUUUAAGAUAUCGUAAAUCCAAUUAUAUUUCUGAUUUCUGUACUUUAGACACUGCAUCAAUGCGUGCUAGCAUGUCGCUGCACCGAGUGCUUGUAUACAGAGCGAGCGUAGAUCAUGCACAUUAUUCAUUUCCGUAAGAAGGAAAAUCAAGCAGACAGCAAUCUGGGACAUCAUUACCAUGUAAACAGCACAUGAAG